AUGGAGCCAUCGGUAAUACGCAACUUACCGCUCGGCUUCUUCAAUAGCUCGCGAGGGAUACGCAAGCAUGCGAUUCGACAUCGCUGCCAAGCAAUAGGCUCCAAAUAUAGCGUAGCUUACGCUCGCCAACUUCCACGGCCGCGCACACAAGACGUCAGCAUCGGCGAGAAAAUGGCGGGCAAGAUCGACUGGCUCGCUUCGCAUGGCCUGCGGGCGUCCCUGGAGCAGCAGCUAAGACAGCAGACUGCUCUUGCUGCCAGACUAUUUUCAGAUGAGAGCGAGAGCGUACGUCGGACAGCAUGCGAGCGCCUGUCAGACGCUUGUUCGGGCGCGCGUCAAGUCUUCUACGACCAGACGGGCCAUCGUAGGCGUGUAGGUCUCGAUAAGGACGACAUGAGCUUCAAGGACUUUGCAACGCUCAUCUUCCACCAUCUGCAAAGGACAUACGACGACGCCAAGGAUUUCAUGGAGACGGCUAAGAUUCCACCGCAAGUGCUGCUUAGAUUGCUGAAGAGUCCACCCCACCGCGAUAACGAUGGGCGUCUGUCCCGAGAUGCUGAGGCGUACUAUGCACGUGCGGAACGGAACGCCUUACUGCCAAUCAUUCUGCCACACAUUCUCGCCAGGUUAUUAUCAGAUAACGAAAGUGGCGUCACACGCGGUUUGGCGGGAUCCGCCUCCGCAGAUGAAAUCGACGGCACAGAAGUUGAGCUGCCGCGUGCGAGAGCAGGCUUACCGCAGCACACUUCGCCCAAAUCCCAAGAGCUUUCUGCAUCAAAUCGCUCAGAUGCCAGGCACAGAUCACAUCUGUCCGGCCACCGUGCAUCAGUAGAAAUUGGCUCGACGCAAUUGAGUCCGAUCGCGUAUGGCUAUAGUGGAGCUGCCCGCGACAAUGCGAGCUCGCAAGCAAAGGGAGGAUCUGCCCAGCUCAGCAGCAAGCCUCUGGCAUCCCUAGAGGAAGCCGAAGACUAUGCACGGAUGACGCCUGCGAGAGGAUCGACUCACAAGCGUAUGCGCCUGGACGACCUCGUCAUCAAUGACGGGCCACGCAGAUCUUCUUCUACUUUCGUGCGUAAGCCAGGCAGUAGCGUCUCGCCGCCACUGAACGGUGGUGUCGGCGAAGAUCGCCUGACCGGUCUAGGCGUCUCGGCAAGCGCGAGCUCGCCCUCACAAUCUUCAGAGGAGCGGCGGCUGAGUGUCGUCGAUCCUUCAACGUCUAAUAUCUUAGAUAAUCUCCAGAGACCAGACUUUGACGCUUCUGAGCUGCCUCGCAUCCUUGCCCUCGUGGACCAAAACGAGCGGGCGCGCUGGCGGGCACAAGGCGAGUUCAUGCUCAAGAAGGAGCGACUGCGACUUGAGGCACAGCAAAGAACAGAGAUGCUAAAGAUGCAAGACGCCGAUCGAAAGGCGAGACAGGACUACCUCAACCGCAAGCUAGACUGGGAGACCCUAAAGGCCAACCAAGCUCAUGAGAUCGAGCAAGCGAAGCUGGCCGUCGAGGCUCGCAAGGUAGAACUCGAGCUCGCAAGGGUCAAAAAUGUCACUCAAUCAGCCUCAAUGAGUCACUCACCGAAAUCUGCUACGAAAUCGGAUGGCGAACCUAUCGAGGCGACGACGCCACCGCCUGCAGACGCAUGA